AUAGACAAUCAGUUCCAGCAGAAGAUUAUUUUUUAUUUUUGGGCCUGAAUUUCCUUUCUUGUCUCUUCAAUCAUUUGCAUAACUUGUGAGGCGGAAGAGAACAAUGGCUGCUAUCGCACAUGUAUUAAAGUGGCAUCCCGAGGGAACAUGUAAUCAAUAGGCUGUUUCAUUUCUGAAAUUGGUUCCCACAAAGGGAUUCUUGUACUUCUGUUGGCAUUUUUCAUCUACAAGUACAAACAACACCAUUAUAUGUGCCAAGUCACAUUGUAUGCAAAAUUUAUCCAAUCGUUUCUAAAAUUUUUGCAUUUAGAAUUGAAGCUCCUAUUUUUUUCUGUUUUAGGUUGUCAUGGCUAUAUUUUUAUUCCAAGAGAUUUAUUUUGCGAGGUAAAAGCUCCAUAUCAUUACUUACAAUCAAGUUUCUCCAGUAAUUUAAUUUAUUUUUGCUUCCGGUGUGUACAAAUUAAAAAAUUAUAUGUUGAACAGAGUUAUCUAAUAACUUAAUCGGUAUUUUGAAACGGUAAUUAUCAAAGCAGUUCUCUUCUAUCUAUAAUUCAUCAUUGUGCAAUUAUUUCGACAAAAUUAUGUUAAUCCUACCAAUUGUGAUGUGCAAUCUAAUCUCUAUAUUAGGCAAUCACUAAGGUACAAUUGAUGAAUUAUUCAGCAUCAAUGCAGCCAAAAUUGGAUUGCUUCUCUUACCAGUUUCAUUGAGUGGCAUAAUUGUCUUUAAUAUGUUGCAAUGCCAUAUGGCUUUACUUGGCAAAUUACGUUUAUUUAUUCGCCGACUUGUGUAACUCCUGGACUUUGAGAACCCAUUUGUUUUACUCAAUCCCUAUGCAAACUGUAGCUGAAUUGAGUUCUACAGAGAAACCACACAGUAUGUUGACUUACCUUCUGUUUGCUUGCAUUGGAAUUAAAACACUGAUUCUUUUCAACACACCAUUCUAAAUUGUAGUCAUAAUUCUGAAGAGUCGAAGCGCAGCUGCUGUCACCAGCAAUAUCACAAAAGAUAGAAUAGCAGCGCACAUCUGAGUCAUCGGUUGUUGUCAGAAUUUCUGAGAAUUGAGUACGCCAUUACAAAACGCUAAAAACAAGGAAAAUAAAACAUUCAUUCAGAUAUCAAUUAGAGAGGAAAUACAGCAGUGCAUCGAUAAAAGAAAUGAAAAGCUUCAUGAAAUCCAAAUUUGGCGGGAAAGGAGAUAGACAGGAGCUAGUUGGAAUCAUAUCUGGCCUAAAGGGUAGUGGUAGAAAAUCAGUGGAAAAUUGGCUGACAAGUUCAAAGGUACUAACUAAAGUUAAGCCUCCAGUAACAUUUGAAGUGGUCCCAUGCACAAACUCUGACGAAGAACUAGAAGCUAUUGAGUUCAAUAAGUACUCGCUGAUUAUAUUCGUGGUCGACCUUGAAAAACCCGAGAACAAUAUAUUGUGCAAUCAGUGGUACCAUAAGAUCCGAGCUAAGAUGCACCACGACAACCCAUGUUUAAUUCUGCCCAACAAAAAAGACACGCUACCCGCGAACACCUCGGAUAGUGAUGUAAUCGAUGACGUAAAAGGCUGGCUGAACAUACAAGCCGAGUCGUCUCCAAAAGCGACUGUAGUUAUCAAACCAAUCAGUGCUAAGAGACUGUUGGAAAACGUCCGAUUUAAAGAGGGCGAUUACAACGAAGUGUUCGACUUCAUCAAAGAAUGUCUCAAAGCUCACUCCGACGUUGCGCAUUCCCUGAAAUCGAAGUGAAUUUAUAGGAACUCUAUUGUAUAUAAUUCAGUAUUUUCCAAUCUAUUUCAAAAUGUAGUUUUUAUAUUUUGAAUUAAUGUACCAAAAAUA